CAUAUCUGGAGGACUGCGCGGCGAGGGCUGGAUGGGGAGCGAAGUUCAGCGUGGAGGAUAACCGCCGGCGGGGAACCGCACAUGGGGGAGAGGCCGCCACUACAGACCGGCCAGAGAGUUUGGAGGGGUUGGGGGAAGAGAGCUGGAGGUUACCGCGGCGGAGAGACAGGUCGAGGCCAGCCAUGGUUUUAGUCUGCAGGUGAUUCUUUAAUUCCGGUUUGUACGUGCAGCCUAAACGACCUCGGGCAGCAAACAUGGUAAAGCACUUCUUUGACUUAUCUACUCUCAAGAGCACGUGGGACCAAGUUGCCUCUGCAUUUUGGCAACGAUAUCCAAACCCCUUCAGCAAACACGUAUUAACUGAAGAUGUGAUUUACCGUGAGGUAACCCCUGACAACAAGCUGGUUUCUAGAAGGCUGUUUACAAAGACUAACCGCCUGCCGCGCUGGGGAGAGAUGGUCUUCCCUGCUAACCUGGCACAAUCUGUCUUUGUUAUCGAAGAUUCCGUGGUCGAUCUUCAAAACCGAACGUUUACCACUUUAACAUGGAAUAUUAACCAUACCCGCCUCAUGCAGGUAGAAGAAAAAUGUAUAUAUCGACCGAAUCCAGAAAAUCUGAUGUGGACGCAGGUACAACGUGAGGCGUGGAUCACUUCAAAUGUAUUUGGCUUUUCACGAGCAAUUCAGGAAUUUGGUCUCGCCAGAUUUAGAAGAAAUCAGCUAAAAGCAACCGAAGGAUUUGAGUAUAUACUUUCUCAUUUGCAUGGUGAGCUGCCACCUAAAACUUUAAAAGAAACUGCGAAAGAGGCCACUGAGAAGGCAAAGGAGACAGCACUGGCAGCCACGGAAAAGGCAAAGGACCUGGCGUCCAAAGCAGCACCUCAAAAGGCAAAGCAGUUUGUCUGAGCCAGGAAGAGAGAUCCUGAUUGCAAAUUGCGACUUUCGGCCUCUUGAGAAUGACGCCUUGUGUAUUUUUUUUUUAUUAAUUGUUCCUUGUGCAGACACCAAAUGGUUCCAUGUUUCUCAGAACGGUCUUUACUCAUAUGCACUGAAAGUUUACAGCGUUACUAUUUUUAAUUUUUAACUAUGUCCCAGGAUAGAAUCACGCAGUUUACUGGAAGUCUUAGUAUUCACGAUAGAUUAAAGGAAUACAGGUAUAGAGGGGGUUGCCAGCCCUUUUAAAACAACUUCCAGCGGCUUUGUGAUGUUUUUCAUCUUUCCCAAUAACACUUAAUUCGAUCAAGCAAUUUAUUUGCCUUUUAAUUUUUAAAAUGUCCGCUUAAGCAAAUAAGAGUUUAGCCCAUGACAAUAAGGUGACUCGCAGCCAGCAUAAUUAUUAAACAUUGAUGAAAAUGAACAUUCCGUUAGGAAGAAUUGGAGUGGGUUCUUUUUCUGGGUAUUUUUUUGUUUUUGUUCCCUGGGCAUUCUGGAUUAAACUGGGCACCGUGUUUAACAAAUGAAAUUAAGGUGGGGCUCUUUUGUCUGAUCUGUUCUUAAUCAGGUGCUGAAUUAUUUAUUUUUAAUACUUUUUCUGCCUAACUUCAAGAAAUUGUCUUGUCGGUUGUUUAGAUGUAAAGUGCAGAGCUUUGACCCUCAGUGUUGUACCAGAUUUCUUAAAUUAAUUUCAAUAUCCUUUUAAGUAUUUAACAAGAAAGUAAAACAUGAGAACUAGACAAUCCAGCUAUCGAAAUAAAUCCUAGCUGUAGACAGCUGCUGCGUUAGUUUUUGAAAAUAUGUGUCGGCAUGUCGGGUCUUAGCUCAUCCAUCUUAACCGGAUGCUGAUUAUUUAUUUUAAUCCUUGACCUGAUUGAAUGGCAGAACAGACUGGAGGGGCCAAAUGGCCUCCUCCUGUUUGUAUGUUCCAUCGACCUGGAAGAUAAUUUACAGAACUGAAUAAUAUGAAGGGACAGGAGAGACAGGGCCUUUCCCCUUCUUUGCUUGUACUUGUCCUCCCGCCAUUUAGUUUUAUUUAUCCCUCUAGCUUGUGGCUUUACAGUUUAAGUUCUGCCGAAGGGUCCCGUCCACCUGUUUUUUUUUUCUCUGCUUCCCAGAUGCUGCUGCAUAUUUCCAACAAGUUUUCUCUGCUCAGGUAACUGAAACUGUUCAGCUUUUUUUCCCCCCAGUAGCCCUGUAUUUACAUUUCACGGUUUGUUAGAUAAAAAGGGCGACUGGAGUGCUGGCAAGUUUCCUCAAGAUGACAAAAAUAACUUUUUGUACAAACCCUUGCUGCUCAAACCUCUUUAAUCUUUAAUGUGCUAUUAUCAUCUUAAGUGGACAGGUAAAGUUUACUGAUUUAUUCUGUAUUUUUAGAAAAAGCGUUUCUAAAGAUUUAAUAGUCUGUCUAACCUUCAGAACCACCUUUCUUAAUGUAUAAUAAAUGUCAACUCAAAUCAGUGAAA